AUGUGGAGGACGAGCAGGUUGGGAUUUCGGGUGGAUUUCAUUCUGAGAGGGAUGUGUUUCCCAUUUGAUGUUUUAGACUUGGAUGAACUUGUUCAUUGGUUUGAGGAGGACCACGAUGCACAUGAGGUAACAAGUGGUAGGCGACCUAGGUCGAGUGUAGGGUGCGAUUUCAAAUUGAUUGUAGUAAUCGCAUGGGUUUCUAUUUGUAAGCUUCUAAGUGUUCUUGUGAGAACAAACUCAUCAGCUGAACGUAAAGGAAGAUCUAUGGUUCAUCGAGAAGAAGAUUAUCAGUGUGGACUUUGGAGCAAUUCUUCAAGCAGGGAAGCUUGGCUGCAUGGCAAACAUAAAGAUUCUCAAAUAAAUAUACCAACUCUUAAGAAGGAAAUUAUAAAGGGCAUGAUCAACUAUGAGAGGCUAUCAGAAGCGAACUCAUCACGAAUUUCCCCAAUGAAACCUAAUCUCGAGUUCACUUUAGGAAGGCCACAGUGACAUGAUGCAUGCUGAUGGUACGUGGUGGCGAUGAUGAUG